AUGGACACCGAGAUUGAGCCCUAUGAGCCUCUCAAUGUCGUGAACUUCAAAUCAUGGCUCGUUGAACACGGGGCAGACAUCCACCCUGACGCUCAUUUUGAACAAAUGGUCAGCGGAUUCAGUAUCUUAGCCGCGAACGACAUACCCGCCGACGCCGCCAUUGUGUCGAUCCCAUUUUCUUUGGCUAUCACACCGGAAGGCUCGAAGGAUGCGCUGCAGGGGACGCUGAAGGUCUCCGCAGAUGCGAUGCAAGGCGCGUUGGACAGCUUGAGCGAGCGGCAGUUGAUUUGCACAUACCUUUGCAUGCACUGGAUUGCCGAUAGAUCUCUGACUGUACUGCGACAUGGGCCAUAUCUCGACACUUUGCCCUCGCCCGAGAGGCUCGUGACCCCCCUACACUUCACUUCAAACGAGCUAGAAGCGUUCAGAGGCACGAACCUGUACGGCGCAACCAUCGACAGACAGCGCGACUGGGAAGCGGAAUGGGUGCAGUGCCAAGCCGUAGUAUCUGCUGCCAGCCCGGCAUGGGGAAAAGCAUUUACCUGGGACAGAUACCUCACUACAUCGACGUACCUCUCCUCCCGUGCCUUCCCAUCAACAGUCCUUUCACAAACGCCCACCCUCCACACCACGCCCUCCUCGUACCCAGUCCUCCUCCCCGGAAUCGACGCACUCAACCACGCAAGAGCGCAUCCCGUCUCAUGGGUCGUCUCAGACGGGAUCAACACCUCCUCCGCAGAGCCACACAUCUCGCUCGUCAUCCACACGCCCACCACGACCGGCUCCGAGCUGCUCAACAACUAUGGCCCGAAGCCGAACGCCGAGCUCAUCCUCGGCUACGGCUUCUCGCUCCCGAACAACCCCGACGACACGAUCGUGCUCAAGAUCGGCGGGCCCUCCGGCGCCUUUGCGCCCGUCCCCGCGGACGCGAAGUUCGAGGUGGGACGUAACGCGCGCGGAGCCGAGCCCGUGUGGGACGCGGUACUCGCGGCGAUUGGCGCGCAGUACGGGGAGGAUGAAGAGGAGGAUGGGGCGAUGGAGAUGGACACGGAGACGGAGACGGCUGUGGAGGACGAGCUGUGUGCGGCGGAUAUGCUCGCGGGGAUGGUGCAGAGUUUGUAUGACCGGCUGCCGCCGUUCCCGCCUGCGAAUGUCGCGGAGCUCAGGGCGCCGGUUGUGGAGAUGCUGGAGCAUUACCUCGAAGGGCAACGCGAUAUAUUGCGAUCGCUGGUUGCAUUCGCGCAGGAAAAGGAGGCGCGCGCAUUGCAGCGUGCGAAGGAAGAGGGCCUCGACAUCGUAGAAGAGGAAGACGAGAUGGAAGAGUAG